AUGGCCACUUUAUUGUCUCUCAUUUUUCUCAUAGUUGCUAUAAUUGAGUCCCUGGCAGGACUUCUAGGAAAUGGAACUAUCUUGGCUGUCAGUUCAACUAGCUGGACAGUUUUUAUGUUCCUGAACUACACCAGCCUCUGAUUUGCUGCCUGGCUUAGCGUCCUCUAUUGUACCAAGGUUGCCACUUUUACGCAGUCUUUCUUCAUCUGGCUGAAGCGAAGAAUUUCCAGUCUUCUGCCCUGGAUGCUGAUAACAUCAUCUCUUUUUUCCUUUGCAACCUGUCUUCCUUUCUCCUGGGGUAUCUACAAUGUGCACAAGAACUUCACUAUUCCUUUAACAGUGACAAACUCUUCAGAAAGGAGAGCCGCAAUGAAAACUAGUUUGUUUUUAUUGAUUCUUCUCUGUAGUGCUGGUAUAGCCUUACCUUUGAUGGUGUUUGUUGUUUCAAGUAUCCUGCUGAUUAGGUCUCUGAGGAGACACAUGAGACAAAUGCAAAAUAAUGCAACUGGCUUCAGAAAUACCUGCUUAGAGGCCCACGUGGGUACCAUUAAGUCAGACUUCUCUUUCCUCAUCCUGUAUGUUACAUAUUUUAUUGCUUCGGUUCUCAUUUUAUCCAACACGUUCUUACCUUUCAGCAUCUGGGAAGCCAUACAUGUAGCUUUAAUGGCUGCACGUUCUGCAGAACACUCUAUGAUCUUAAUCUGGAGCAACCUAAAGAUGAAAAACCUUUUCAGCUUUUUGCUGUUGCUGACCUGGCAAUCAGUGUCUGUGUUCCCAAGCAAAAGAUGCAUCGUUGGCUUUGCAAAGCUCUCCAGAAUCCUAUGA